AUGGCUCCUAAUAUUUUACCAUUCGGCACAUGGGAUUCACCCAUCAGUGCAGCGUAUGUUGCAAAAGCUGGAAUUUCAUACGACGACGUGCUCGUCGACCCAAUUCCAUCUCGUGUGCAUCCCGAUGCAAACGGAAUCUAUCACAUCGAGAGGCGUCCUUCUGAAGCUGGGCGUAACGUUAUUGUAGAAACGACAACGAAGAAAGAUAUCUUUGGAAAAGGUUGGAAUUCACGAACUGGUGUGCAGGAGUAUGGUGGUGCGAGUGCCAUUGUGUAUGGUGGUGUUGUGUAUUUUUCAAAUUUUGGAGACGGGAGGGUGUACAAGGCAAACUUUGCUAACAAAAUGCACAUAGAAAACAAGAAUCAUCGAUUUGCUAACUUUGCCGUUCACCCGACUGCCCCACAUCUGCUCGUCUCCAUUCUCGAAGACCAUACGAAUUGCAAACUUUCAGACGUUAAGACAUCACUCGUGACAAUUGAUACGUUGUCAAGCACGGUCCAUCCACUAGUCUCAGGCGCAGACUUCUACGCUGCUCCCGCGUUCAAUCCUGAUGGGACUCAUCUUGCUUGGGUCCAAUGGGAUCAUCCGGAUAUGCCAUGGGAUGGAUCGCAAAUUCACGUUGCAGACGUAAUUGCUGAGGGAGAUACCCUUGCUUUGCAGAACGUGAAGAAAAUCAAGGGAGAGUGGAAGAAAGAGAGUGCGGUCCAGCCCCGAUGGGUUGGGUCAAGCAAGCUACUAUUCUUCAGCGAUGAGUCCGGGUUCCAGAAUCCGUGGAUUGUCGACGUUAUGGAGUCUUCAUCCGAGCCCCGCCCUAUUCUUCCCACUCCUCUUGAUCAGGAUUUUGCGGAACCGGAUUGGCAACUCGGCGCUGCUUCCUCUGCGGUUUUAUCAGAGAACGAAGCAGCCUGCAUUGCUCUUCGAGAUGGACGCUUUAUUUUGUACAUCCUCGACCUUAAGAGUGGGACCGUCCGAGAGAUUCCUACGCCUUACGCAGUCAUGAGUAAUAUCAGACGCACAGGUCCUCACUCCGCAGUGCUUCUUGCGAAUAGGACGGAUACGCCUGUGGAGAUUGUACACAUCGAGUGGGAUGAAUCCAGAGAAACAAAGUUCAGCACACUUGCAGGUGGAGAUGCGAGUGACCCCAAGGUGGGGAAGAUUGACAAGACGUUCUUCUCUGCACCCCGUCCGCUGACGUUCAAAGGACGCAAAGGUUCUCCGCUGUAUGUCAUCUUCUACCCACCGACGAAUCCGAGCUUCACUGGACAGAGCGGUGAACGUCCUCCUUGUAUCAUAUCUGCACAUGGAGGGCCAACUAGUAUGGCUAACCAGGCAUUCAAUCUGAAGAAACAAUACUUUACCAGCCGCGGAUUUGCGUGGGUCGAUGUUAAUUAUGGUGGAUCUUCCGGAUACGGACGGGAAUACAUCCAGCGCCUAUACGGCAAUUCGGGCGUUAUCGACGUGGCCGAUUGCGUUGAUGCUGCACGCGCUCUCGCUUCACCUGAAUUCGGCGAGAUUGAUUCUGCCCGUGUAGUUAUAACUGGCAGCUCCGCAGGCGGGUACGAAGUUCUCCUAUCUCUCUGUUCCACUCCCCCGGAUGUUUUCGCGGUCGGCACCUCAAGCUAUGGGAUCUCGAAUGUAUUCACAAUUGUGGAAGAUUCGCAUAAGUUCGAGUCGAGAUAUGGAGAAAAGUUGCUUGGUGGACCUGCAGAUAAGAUUCCACAUAUUUGGAGAGCGAGGAGUGCGGUGUUCCAUGCACAGAAGAUUAAGAUACUACAAGGAUCGGAGGAUAAAGUCGUCCCAUCCUCUCAAGCAGAAGGAAUGAUGAAGGUCAUUCGUGAUCAUGGUGGUCGCGUCGAAUAUACGCUCUUUGAAGGUGAAGGACACGGAUGGCGGAAAGCUGAGACGAUCAUUGCUGCGCUUGAGCAAGAACUGGACUUUUAUCUGGAUGUUCUUGGGUUAAAGACAAAGGGCAGCGCAUAA